AUGGCGACUUCAGUUGCUGCACCUCCACCCCUCAAGCAAAUAAGAUUCGUCAAUAACGAAGGAGAGCCUCCUCCAAAGCGCAGGAGGAUUAAUUCAGCUUCUGGCGGAGCCGGGAAAUCUGCUGCGCGACCGCAUGCAGCCCUUUGUCGAACAUGUAGAAAAAGAAAAACCCGUUGCGAUGGCAAGAAGCCACUGUGUUCCACUUGUGCUGAAAAUGGGCACGAGUGCUUAGGCUAUGCCGAGAUAGCUGAGGGAAAUACUAACAAGAGAGAGCGCAACAAUCGAAGUGUACAAAACGAAGACCCAGAGCACGGGCGCGAGGAACAUGACAGAAGUUUAGCUCCUGUUUCGCAGCCGGUAAAUAAGGAUCGCAGGGUGCUGGUCAGUCCAAAACAUCACCGGAAUGAUUCAAAAGCAUCUUCCAUUCCGGAGAAUCGCACAGCAUUACCAAGUAACAGCUCGACCACAACGGAACCAGGGCAGGGAGCGGUCGUGAACUUUGGGAACGACUAUAGAGAAUCUGCUGUUUUUUCCGAUGACGGAUGUAGUCCAAUAAACAGCUCACCACCGCUUGAAUACGAGAGUCGCCGUGUUCCAUUCUUUAGGUACUUUGGACCAACCGCUAUUGUUCCUGGAUUUAAACAAAUGGUUGUUUCUGUUCGGGAACACCAUAGAAGCACAGGUGCUGGUUCUGCCGUAGCGAUGUCACCGAGUGGUUCAUUUGGAUAUGUAGGAAGAAAUGGCUCAAACAAGGGCGAAUCUGCGUUCAAUGUUGGCACAGAAGCUAGAAUUGCUACAGAUAUGCCCAUGUAUGACCCGGACGACCCUUCGCCUGUACAUCGAAUGAUCAUCCACUUGGUGGAAACGUUUUUUGCACAUCUCGGUUGCAAUUAUCCCUUUCUGCAACAACAACAUUUUACUAAGCAGGUUGAAGAAAAAGCGGUCGAAUCGAUUCUCGUUGAUGCAGUGUGUGCGCUCUCAGCUCGCUUCUCAGAUCAUCCACUUCUUGUUGGUGCUCACAAUUUAAGUUUUCCAAAAUGUGCUUACGGUACCGUCUUUGCUCAGCGCGCAAAAUCUGCCCUUGUAGAUCAUUUUCCUCGACCAUCCGUUGCGGCUACCCAAGCAUGCUUGUUGUUAGCAUAUGAAGGAUUCGGUGCGAACCAAGAUAGCGCCUUGUGGAUGUACCUUGGGUGUGCGAUUCGGUUCGCGGUUGAUUUGGGUCUGCAAAAGCUUGAUGGAGUUAGGCAUCAGGAUAACGUGAACCACAGACUGAGUGUUGAUGGUGUGGCUCUUUCAGAUCAUCAAGGAAGCAUGACUGCUCAACAGAAGCAGGCUGUGGAGCAAGAGCGCAUUGAUACAAUAUGGGCGGUUUUCAUGCUGGAUAGGGUCAUAUCUUCAGGUACUGGACGACCCGUAACUCUGAAGGAUGAAGACUUUGAGCUUUCAUUUCCGACAAUCACACCGGAUAUCAAAAGUGGCUGGCCAAAUCCUUUUCCCGCUCUUAUACAGAUCAUUCACUUGUAUGGUCGAGUAUCUGAUUUGCUCAACAACAUAAAAGACGUUGAAGAUGUAACACCGAAGAAAGUCGAGGGACUAGCUGGUAUGGAGAAAGACUUAACCCAACUGUAUCAAAAGCUUGAUCCACGUUUAACUUUUAAUGCCGCAAAUUUUCAGCACUACGUCAAAUCUGGAGAAGGGACAAAUUUCAUUCUAGUUCACUUUUGGUUUCAUUCUGUAAUUAUGCUUUUGCAUCAACCACAAUUGAUGCAUUCUUUCGAGGGUCAAAUUCUACAGCUAUUUUCCAACAGCCGCGAACUCAGCAUGUCGUCUGCUAAGACUAUUGCCGACAUUCUGGCAUUUGCGGAACUCAUUGAUCCCAAAAGCUUUAUUGGUAAUCCGUUCACCAGUCAACCUAUGUACAUAGCGGCCUGUGCAUUUCUCAUGGAAUCUGCUGUUCAUACUUCACAGCCUCCGUCUCGAGAAAUAAGUCCUCCGGGAAAUAGAAAUUCUGAGCAAGACAAACCGAAGACCAGCAGAGUGAAAGAUUCUCAAAAACACUCAUUAUUGGCCGUCGCUGCCAAUACUAAUUAUCAACGGUGCUACAAAGCUUUACAAUCACUUGAAAGAUAUUGGGCAGGCACUCGAUAUAUUCUUGUCGCUCUUGAUCAAAAAGCGAAAGGAAUUUGGGAUCCAGAAACUUACACAGAGCAGGAGUACGAGUCAACCAAAACCAAGUAUGAUAUAAUCCCAGAUUGGGGGAAGAAGUUAACCUUGGCUGGAACGUCUUCAAACCGUCUGGGGGAACUCUUUUCGCCAAAAACAGAUCAUGUACCUGAGUCGCCGACGGUCGACAGCUCAAAUGCUAUAGGAUGGUCUAUAACUGGCACUACGAACUCAUCAAGCUCUAAUCUGACUCUCAUGUAUCAGAACACAGGCAGUGAUCAGACGCGUCAAAAUCGAGCUUCGUCACAGCGACCAGCUGCGGGAACUAUGAGAUACGACCCUAUUCGAAGUAGUUUACCCGAAACUGCGGCGUCGACCUCUACUACGGCGCAUCCAUCAAAUUAUCAGUAUGAUUCGAGACUUCAGCCACGUCAGUCCACAACAAUGCCACCACCUUUGACGUCGUACUCAAGCUCUGCAUCUGACGCAGCAACAAAAUCUGACGCCGAGAUGCUUCUGGGACUACAAAAUUCGCCCUUUGCCCAAAUCACAAACUCUUACCAUCCUUUUGAUGCCUCGCACAAUCUCACAUCGCAAGGACCUCGACAGGAAGGUCCUGUAUCGUAUGAAUUUACAGGAACUGGCAUGAUUUCUAGUCCUAACUAUAUGAGUCUAGGUGGAGUGGGUGAUAUGAUGAUGGAGAGCCAAGAUAUCGACAUGAGUACGAUGAGUAACGAUAUGGUACCAUGGCUUGAAUAUCUGCCGCAGGACGUUUUGAAUUUCUUUGAUAAUGGGACUGGCGGUACUUUGACUGGUGGGGAACAGUCGGGUGUUAAUACCGAUCUGAACGGUAUGCCAUCAAGCAGCUGA